AUGGCAAUAAAUUCCAUCAAAGGGAGGACUUUUACUGGAUGUUGGGCCUGCAGGCUUAAGAAGAGAAGAUGCGAUGAACGUAGGCCUCAAUGCACUCUAUGUGCGAAGCAUAAUGAUAGUUGUUGUUACGAUGUUAAACUUGUAUGGUUAGACGAGAAUCUUCAUAAAGUAGUUCGUGGCAAGUAUAAGACUCGGGCUCAGUUGCUGGGCGAUAGAUAUCAUCGCAGGAUGUCAAAGGAAGAUUUAAAGAGUUUGGUUCGUGGGGGGAUUUCGCCAGUUAGCGAAAUAGAUGAAAUAGAAGCCAGUCGCAGCAGCAGUAUUAGCAGUAAUAGCAGUGGCAGCAGUAGUAGUAGCAGCUGCGGUGGGUAUAGCAACAGCGGUAGUCAUAAUAGUGGUGAUAAUAAGAAUGACGGUGGUUCGUUUACUGUCAGUGUGAGAAGAUUAAAGAUUUACAAUAACGCUGUGGCAUCCGUUUAUGGUAGGAUAGGUAAUAGAAACUACAACCAGCGUCAUGUCAAUCAAGUUCUUGAUAGAAUGCUAAACCAUUUGGAGGCAGCCGGUCCUCGCAGAGAGGCUAAGGAGGGCCCAUUUACAUUAUUCGGUGCUAGUUUGAAUUCGAAAAAAGAUAUACAUUUACCAUCACCUCUAGAGCCGUUGCCCUUGUCACCAACUACCAAGACGUCGGAGUAUGUGAGCCAUUGGAUUGAUCAGGAGCUUACUGCAUUGUUAUGGUUACAACAGCAGGAUCCUGUUCUAUCUAAUUAUCAAUUCAGACAGUGGUAUUUGGAGCACAUCAGACAAACAGUUUCGAUAGAAUUCUGUCAAAGCAUACAGGAGUCAUUUACACCAAGUUUCCUCAAGACUUAUUUCCCACAGUGGUUCCCCAUAGCAUUAACAAUCCUAAUAGCAUCUCAAGGUUAUACAAUGGAGUUGGAAUCAGAGUUGGAGGCGUGGGUCUUAGAACAGAAAACGUUACAAAUGUUUAUGUUACCUGCAGUUUCUAUGGCAGCAUUUCACUCGCAGUCGUAUCCAAUUCUUUGUCAUUGUAACAACUUACUCAGUGGUUGUUCGCAAUGGCCCGAAGCCCAAUUGCUGGAAUUGUACGUUACUAGUAAACUCGUCGACCAAUGGGAAGAUAAGAUCAUGCAACAGCUAUGUGGAUGCCAGGAUGCUUCACAAUCAUGUUCACAACUGAAGUUUUGGCAAGCACAGUUGGAGAAGUUUCGCUCUGUACCGAUUUAA